GCCUGUGCCUGUGGUACAGUAAAGCAAAGUAGCUUAGUGAGAUGACAGCAGGCGCCCAGCUCUUCACUGGCUUCCAUUGAUCUGAUAUUGGUAAUUGUAUUGAAUAGUUGACUGGAAGAAUGAUACGAAUCAUACACAGAAGCUAUUAGCUUAAACGCUAACGCUAGUUAACUACAGCUUUGUAACUUGUGCAGCUAGCUAGUGAAUGGCUAUCUGAGACACUUGUGAUGGUCUGGAGUUCUGUUUACUCACGAAGGAGAAGCUGAGAUGGAAGACUACAAUGAGGAGGACUUCAUAGAAACACCUCUUCCUCUGGAGAUCAUAGUUUACAUCCUCAGCUUUCUUCACACUUCAGACAGGAAGGAAGCCUCGCUGGUCUCCCGCAGCUGGUACUAUGCCAGUCAGGACCUGCACUUUCAGAAGAACGUCACCUUCUGCUUCCCGGCUUCAUCCUCGUCCCUGGAGCUGAUCAGGGGUCUGGGCGGAAAGUCACGCUGCAGUCUUAUAAUCAGCCAGCUUGACGGGUUCAGUAUGUCCAGAUCACUGCUUCUGGAGGUGGGUCUGAGUUUGGGCUCUAAGCUGGAGAGCUUGGCCCUGCCUGGUAGCAGUAUAACAGAAGCCUCUCUGCUUGCCCUCCUGCCUCGCCUCACCUCCCUCCGCAGGCUGGACCUCAGGGGCCUGGACAGCCUCUUCAUGUCUGGGGCUUUCCUCUCCAGGGAGGAGCACAGACACCAGGUCGGGUCAGCUCUGUGUGGUCUGGAGGAGCUGGAUCUGUCCGACCUGCGGUACCUCUCCGACCUCACCUUCAAUCGGCUCACCGGCUGUACCCCGCGCCUCCGCCGCCUCUCGCUGGCCGGCUGCCACAUCGCCUUCGAGUUCGACCCGUACCGAGGGUGCCCGGUGGGAGACGUUAAGGAUUCCUCAGCAUUGCUGUCACUGAGGAACUUGCGGAAGUUGUUAACAGAGCAGAAAUCCACCCUCGUAGCUCUGGACCUCAGCAGAACCUCUAUUACCCCCGAGUCACUACGCACUGUAGCACAGGUUCAGGAUUUGGUCUUAGAGGAACUGUGUCUGCACGGCUGUAAGGAGCUGACCGACUACUCAAUGGAGAUCCUGGUGAAGCACCAGCCGAGCCUCCAGAGACUGGACAUCAGUGCCUGCACUGAGCUGACCAGCAGGUCUGUAGAGGCCAUAGCUCGGGGCCUGAAGUCAAUGGCGCACCUCUCCUUGUCCCGCGAUUGGAGGAUCACUGAAAAAGGCCUCGCUGACCUUUUGUCUACGUCGUCCCUGAGGAGUCUGGAUCUGUCUGAGUGUCUGCAUGUCAGUGGAACAGAGAUAGUGAAAGGCUUGACGGGAUCAUGUGCUGCCAGAGCACAGCUGGAGACACUCAGCCUCAAGGGCUGCACCUACGUUAGGGUCAGUCAGUAUUAUGUGUGUUUACAUGUGUGUCUGUGUGAAAAAUACAUGGAAAAGAACUUAUCUUCUCCCUCCUCUCUUCAGGAUCUUGCAGUUUUCUCUCUCACCCAGCUUCUAGGGGUCACUCUCCGUGAGCUCGACUUGACGUCAUGUGUCAACGUGACGGACUUGUCUGUGCGCGCGAUAGCCACAUACCUGCAGAAGCUGGUAGUUCUGCGGCUCGGCUGGUGUAAAGAAGUCACAGACUGGGGUCUGCUCGGGAUCGUGGAAACAACCAAAUGUGAGCCUGACCAGGAGACGGGAGACAAGGGUCCCAGGUUCACCCGGACCUUUGGCAACAUGGGCUUCUUCAAGCCUCCACGUUUGCCGUUUGAGGAGCGACCCAAGCUGGUGACACAGAAUGACCUGCAGCAGUUCCAACAGCAGGCUGGAGCUUCACUUUUAGCUCUCAACGGGCUGCAGGAGCUGGACCUCUCUGCCUGCCCCAAACUCACUGACAGCAGUAUCACACAGGUGGUGCAUUACCCAGACCUUCGCCGUCUGUCUCUCUCCAUGCUGCCGGAGAUCUCCGACGCCAGCUUGGCGUCGGUAGCUUGGCACUGCCGCAGCCUCACCAGCCUGGCACUCAGCCACUGCCCGGGUAUCAGUGACCGUGGAGUGGCCCAAGCUGCGCCGUACCUACACCGGCUGCAGCAUCUCUACCUCUCCUGUUGUAAUAACAUCACUGACAGAUCUUUGCUCCUCCUGGUGCAGCACUGUAACCGCCUGCAAACACUCGACAUCUCAAGGUGCAAAAACAUAUCCGUAACAACUGUGGACCUCCUUCAAUCUCAGCUGCCCUUCUUGGAAAAUGUCCACUACAAAUGUAUAGGUGGGGCUGAUCCGACCCUUACACUCUGAUGUCCACUGCUGGAUCACUGCUGGUCCUCUUCAAUAGCUAAACCUUCUAACUCUGUGAGUUGGGCUCUUUCACAGUUCAGCAAUUUGCACAAAAACUGAAGAAAUGUUGAAACAGCGGGAGCAACCUAUCACCUAUACGUCAUCCUGUAAGGGAUUUAAGAAGUGUCUUCAGUGCGAGACAGAUGCCACUUGUAUGAAACUAAUGUGGAAGCACUUCUGCCUGUAUGGUAAACAUGUCAUGUUUGUUUAUGCUUGGACUCAAACAAAAAGGCAGGGCAGACAACAAUGUAACUGACUGAAAAAACAUGCACCCUUACUAAUACUAAUAUUCAAAGAUCAUCAACUGUUUGGACCAAGUGGGAAAACGUUUGAAUGUAAUGUUGAUGUUCAGUUUUAUGUGGUGCAUCAUCACGGAGGGCACAGAUUUAAUCUAAAGUAUGUGCACAAUUAUCUGUUGAAACCAAAAGAAAAGAAGGAAAUAGCACCACAGUAUCUCAUUAUAGAGAGAACGUGAAUUGUCUUGUACAUUUGUUUUUGUGAGGCAGAUGUCGCCCAAACAGACUUUGCGCAUUGUUUUAGUUGUCUUGAAGUAACAGGGUGCUUUUAUCUACGCUGAAAGGUAAACAGUAAAAUACUUCCAUAGCAAAGACGCUGUCCCAUCAAAAGUACUUUUUAAAAUCGUAUAUAAUAAUGCAAUUAUGUAUUUAAUCAUUUCUGACUGUGACUAAAAUUGAAAAAUAAGCUGCUGAUUUUCUCACGUUUUCUUGCUUAACAUAAUUAUGCAAAUGUAUAUUCUGUGCAGUAAAGGAAGGUAAGCACAUCCUGACAGUACUUUUGAUUAUUUGUUUUAACAAUGACAGCUCUGUGUUGCUAAAGUAGAAGUAAAGAUGGGUAUGAAGAGAAAUAGUUGAAUCUCAUGUAGUUGUUAACCUGUUGCUUGGAUUUAGUUCAAAUUUGCACAAAUAUUUGCCCUGUGUUAUCUGAUGAUAUAUAUGAUGGUAUGCUGGUCACAUUUAUUAAGGAACUUUUACAAAAACAAUAAAGGUGGUGCAGUAAAGCAAAAUGUGUAAAGCGAGGAGAAAAUUGAUUUUUAAAGUUUAUGUAACAAAGUAUACAAAAGUAUAACACCAUUAAACCCGAUGGAGAACAAUAUUUCAAAUUGAAUCUCUUACAAUGUUUAAACUAGACACUCCAAGCGCCACUAAAAUAGAUAUGGUCACUAUUUUUAAAGAUUUUGAACAGAUUUUUGUAAUUCUUUAGUUCUCAUUUACAUACUCCAUACAUCCUCUAUUUAAUUUCCUGCAACUUAUAGAACUAUACUAUAUUAAAAUAAAUAAUAAAUAUGACACAUAUGCCAUUCCAACUUCCAUACCUAUAUUUAUAUCUUUGGCAAGACUGACUCCAUACUGAGACACUUCAUAUUGGUUUUAAAAUCCUUUGAGUUCUAAGCAAUAUUUCCUAUUUUUGGUCCGCCUGGUCUCCUUCUGUAAUAAUUCAUGUAUAAUCUCAACACUGUUAUGCACAAUCAUGUUAAUUACAUCUCUUUGUCAAUGAAAUAGCUGUUUCAUUGAUUAGUUGUGUUUUACAGAUUAUAGCCCACCUAGUCCUUUUACCAAAUACUAAUGGGACAUUAAUACAACCUAUACAAUUCUGAUUCCACUUGCCAAAAAGUGAUUACAGCUCCUACCUUGUCACUGAAAAUGUCUCAAAAUGACCCGAUUUCCUUAAUGAGGCUGAAAUUUGACAAAUGUUUGCCCACCACAUCCUCUUUACCUGCUGACUUGAGAAACGUUGAGGAUGAAAGGCACAGAUUGUUAUAAAACCUCGGCUGCUGUGCCAUGAGCAAAACACACACAUGCUUGUUUGUUUUUUUUUGGCAGUAUAAAUCAAACUGUUUAUUGUCAAAGUGUGUGAUUCAAAGUGGACAUUAUCAGAUAGUUGCGUAUCAGGAAUGCACUGCAGAGGACACGCGAGACUUUGCUUAAAUGAAGUAACCCUGUGACAAAAGCACACCACGUGAUGUCUUGUCGACCUGUGUCAGUUAUAGCUGCUUUGAGUGUCACCAUUGAGUGCUUUGUGAGUCAGAGUGUAGCAAACUGACUGAGCAGGCUGCCUCCAUCAUAUUAGCAUCAGCAUCAUCAAAUCGUACAUUGAAUAAAAUCAAUCAGUUUCAGGAUCACUGAUCGCAUACUGUGUCAUAUAGAUAUACAGGGAUGAUUGCUAGUUCAGAACACAUGUCACAAUUUGUUCUUAUUAUAAAACUGUUGAUUAUUGUUAAAAACUAAAGCCAAAAACAAAAGGUCGGCUUGGUACCUAGUGUAGAUCUGCAUCACUAUAAUAGAAUAAAAAGUCGUACAGAGCAUCUCUGCUCAAUAGUAAUCAUGUUGCGCCUCUGGGAUCCGUACCAGGGUCAGUACCUAUAUUAAGUAUAUUUAAGCUAAAUACUGUCCAACAUGAAACAUGAUACUGUAUUUGUCUUGUGCUGGAAAUAAAUGACAUGUACCAUAUCUUUAGAAAACACUGUUCUAGCUAGUGCCCAUUGAAAAAAAGAAAAAAAAAAGAAAAUACAAGAAUUUAACAAAUGAGCACAACUUGCAUUUGAGACAAAGAUUAAAGCAUCUAUUGCCUCGACCAGU